AUGCAAGCCGUAGUUGAUAGAGAAAAAGUGUAUACAUGGAUUUUAGAGCUAUGUAAUCCCGAAACUCGUGAAAAUGCUCUUUUGGAGCUAAGUAAAAAAAGGGAGGUGGUGCAAGAUUUAGCUCCCAUGCUAUGGCAUAGUUUUGGGACUAUCGCCGCUUUAUUACAAGAAAUCACUAAUAUUUACGUUGCUAUGAUACCGCCAACCUUAACAGCCCAUCAAAGCAAUCGUGUGUGUAAUGCUUUAGCCCUGAUGCAGUGUGUAGCUUCGCACCCCGAAACAAGAUCUGCAUUUCUACAAGCUCAUGUACCAUUGUUCUUGUAUCCUUUUCUUCAUACUGUGUCCAAAACCCGCCCUUUCGAAUAUCUACGCUUGACUAGUCUAGGUGUCAUAGGAGCCUUAGUAAAAACUGAUGAGCAAGAGGUAAUUACAUUUUUGUUAACAACUGAAAUAAUACCACUUUGCCUACGCAUCAUGGAAAAUGGUUCAGAGCUCUCCAAGACUGUGGCAACAUUUAUACUUCAAAAAAUUUUAUUGGAUGACAGUGGCCUGUGUUACAUAUGCCAGACCUACGACAGAUUUUCUCAUGUAGCUAUGAUUCUUGGAAAAAUGGUGCUGUCCCUUGCAAAAGACCCAUCAGCUCGUCUUUUAAAGCAUGUUGUCCGUUGUUAUCUCCGUUUGUCAGAUAAUCCAAGAGCCAGAGAGGCCUUAAGGCAAUGUCUUCCAGAUCAGCUGCGUGAUGCAACAUUUACAGCAUGUCUGCAAGAAGAUAAUUCAACAAAACAUUGGCUGGCACAACUCAUUAAAAAUUUAGAAGCACAGCCUCCACCUGCUAGUCCUGCCCAACAGAACAUGUACAAAACCAGAUGA